AUGAACCUGAAAACUCAGCCACUGGGUGGGCGUUGUGGGCACCGGCCAGGUGCUGCUGGUGUCUCUGAAGGGACGGGUGAUGAGGCUGAUCUCCAUGAGUUGGGAAAACUGCUAACUGAACUCGGCUGCUGCCGCAGGAAGGAACUGGUCAAUGGAACCAGACAGGAAGCCCACAGAGAGCAAGUCAGUUCUCAUUCCUUUUGCCUUGCGGGCCUCCCUUCAGAGCCCCCUAUGGCAGAGCCCAGCCCCAGCAUCACAGGGCAGGAUGUAGAAGGCAGUUUACAAGCCUUGAGAAAGGAGAAAUCCCGAGAUGCUGCUCGCUCCCGUCGAGGAAAAGAAAAUUUUGAGUUCUAUGAAUUAGCCAAGUUGUUGCCGCUUCCUGCAGCCAUUACCAGCCAGCUUGACAAGGCAUCCAUCAUUCGACUUACAAUUAGCUAUCUGAAAAUGAGGGACUUUGCUAACCAGGGGGACCCUCCGUGGAACUUGAGAAUGGAAGGCCCUCCACCUAACACGUCAGUAAAAGUUAUAGGUGCACAACGAAGGAGAAGCCCCAGUGCACUAGCCAUUGAAGUAUUUGAAGCACAUUUGGGAAGUCACAUUUUACAGUCCCUGGAUGGAUUUGUAUUUGCACUAAAUCAAGAAGGAAAGUUUUUGUACAUUUCCGAAACCGUCUCUAUCUACCUAGGCCUCUCGCAAGUGGAGCUGACAGGAAGCAGUGUCUUUGACUAUGUCCACCCCGGGGACCACGUGGAGAUGGCGGAGCAGCUGGGCAUGAAGCUCCCGCCUGGGCGAGGCCUCCUCUCGCAGGGCACUGCCGAGGAUGGAGCCAGCUCAGCAUCUUCCUCCUCUCAGUCGGAGACCCCCGAGCCAGGUGGGAAUUGCAGUCCCAGUGUGUGGAUUGGUGGGCAGGACCUUUGCCAAAUGAUUGCCUUCAUAUAG